AUGCCGCAACUAAAUAAUUUCUCAAUGAGUAUUAGCAUAAUCUCAACUACAUUUUUAACUUUAAUAAGUGGAUACGGUGCUAUUAAACUAUAUUAUAAUCUAAGAAAACAGCAAAAAGAUUCUCUUUCGUGUCAAAAUCUUGUCCAAUUAAAAAAGAUUUCAUCAAAACCAUCUUUAAAAUGUAAUGAAACUGGAGAAUUAGUAAUCAAUUAUAUUAAACUUCAACGAGACGCCAUACGAACACGUAACAAAUAUCAAAAAAAGUUAAGCAAUAUAUUAGAAGAAAUUGAAGAACUCCGUGAAGAGAUCUAUAAUUUUGAGUGUCAAACAACCAUCAAAAUUCAUGAAAUAUUGGAUGAGAUAGAAGCAUGUCAAUAUUUAAAUUUUGAUUCAGAAUCACUUUUGGAGCACAUAGAAAAUUUAAAAUUAAAAUUAACUGAAGAGGAAAUGAUUCAAAUUGAAACAAUAGAAAUGUUACAAAUUGAACUUGGACAUUUGAUUUGGAGAUAUAGAGAAUUGGAAAUUCGCGAAGUUCACGAAUGGAAAU